GAUCGCCGCUUCCGGUGCCAGGCCGAGGAAAAGCGGCCGACCGGCAUCGGAGGGGAGCUUCCCAAGCGGGAACCUGCCUGGGGCGGCCGGCCGCGAUUUUGGCGGGAAAAAAAAGAGGGCGGCCUUGUAGUGUUCUCUUAAAGAUUCUACUAUGGCUGCUACUGUGAAUUUGGAACUUGACCCUGUAUUUUUGAAAGCUCUGGGUUUCUUGCAUUCAAAGAGCAAAGAUUCUGCUGAGAAGUUAAAAGCACUUCUUGAUGAAUCUUUAUCUAGGGGAAUUGAUUCAUGUUAUCGUCCACAACAAAAGGAAGUAGAUCAGCCCAAAGUAUCCAUUCCAAAACCAGUUUCUGUUAAGACCACUCCAAGCCUCCCUACAAGUAACAAUAAUGGGAAACCCAUUGUAGUUGAAAAGGUCAAAAAAGAGGUGGAAAAGAGAAUUGUGGAUAAGGUAAAAGUGGAAAUCAGUGAAGGAAUUGACAUUCCUUCAAAAAAACCAAGACUAGAAAAGGCAGAAGCUCAUGCCUCAUCAAUUACAGUGCAGACAAGCAAAGAUUUGCCCAUGGCAGACCUUUCUAGUUUUGAAGAAACUAGUGCUGAUGAUUUUGCAAUGGAGAUGGGUCUGGCUUGUGUUGUUUGCAGACAAAUAACAGUAACUUCUGGAAAUCCAUUAGUGGAAUGCCAGGAAUGUCAUAAUCUCUAUCACCAAGACUGCCACAAACCUCAAGUGACAGACAAGGAAAUGAAUGAUCCACGGGUUGUGUGGUAUUGUGCCCGAUGUACCAGGCAACUUAAAAAAAUGGCUCAGAAAACACAGAAGCCUUCCCAGAAGCCAGCUCCUGCUGUAGUGUCAGUAGCUCCAGCUGUGAAAGAUCCACUAAUAAAGAAACCAGAAAUUAAGCUAAAAUUGGAGACUACACCAGCUUUUCUAGCAUUUAAGAGGACAGAGGUCAAGACUUCGGCAACAAUGUCAGGGAACUCAACCACCACCAGCGUUUCCUCCUCCUCAAACAGUGGCCUUACAGGAUGGGCAGCUUUUGCAAAGACAUCUUCUGCAGGCCCGUCAACAGCUAAGAUGGGGUCUGCCACCCAGAGUAUCAGUGGCAAGCCUGUCACUGGCUCAAACAAUCAGAAACCCACUGGUUUGUCAGGGCUGGCCACAACCAAAGGAGUAGGGUCAAAGAUAACAUCUGCCGGUAGCACAAACCCUAGCCAGUUGAAGCCAUUACCACCUCUGACAUUGGGGAAAGUUGGUCUCUCUCGGUCUGUGAGCAGUGACAACGUAAGCAAAAUAGGCCUUCCUAAUGCAGGCAGUUCAACCCCAGGCAACAGCCAAACUAUUGGUGGAAAUGGCAGCAGUGUGGCAGCAGGGAGCAGUGCUAGCAAAUCAAGUACAGAAUCAGGCAAUCAAUCCCCAUCGCUGAAAGGUCCAACUUCACAAGAAUCACAGCUUAAUGCUAUGAAGAGGUUACAGAUGGUAAAAAAGAAAGCAGCUCAGAAGAAGCUCAAAAAAUAACAGGUCUAUUUUUAAAACAAUAGAUAAUGAUAUCAUUAGUUCUAGUCUGCAAAGUGCAAACAUGUUGUUCAACUCUACCAGAUAACAGUAAAAUCAAUGCUCUAUAAA